UGCACUUUUGGUUUGAUUAGGCAAACAUCAUGGGGUUGUCCUAGCACUGAAACCGGAUUUACACUUUUGUUUUUGUAAAUAUUCGUUUUAUUUUUCCCCUUUCCCCACUUUGGAGUAUUGCGCAUUGGAUGUGGGAGACUACGAAGAUGACCAAAGCGCACAAGAGGCAUUUUGGGAAAGAGUGACUGGACCUUGGAGCUUCGUCCUCAGCUGUGAAAGAAAGUUUCCUCGUAAAGAGAAUGACAAGGCUACUCAUCAGAAUAGCACUCAGUCUGUGUAUUCUGCAAAUAUCAGUGGUGGGGGCGGACUUCAGCGAUGUUCCCCCUGGAGAUGCUGUGCGCUCCCUUGCCGAGCAGGAGACCGUGCUGCCCUGUGUGUACAAGCCCACCCAAGAGGAGACCACAGUACAGGUGACGUGGAGCAAAGAGAGGAGCGAUGGGACCAAGGAGCAGAUCAUCCUGGCUCACCACAUUAAUGGCCAGACUGCGUUUGGGGCUUGGUCUCGACGUGUCCGCUUUAAGAACAGUGACCCAACAGUGGACUCGUCCCUGAUCAUCACCAGCACAGAGCUGGGGGAUGCAGGACGCUACAGCUGCCAGAUUAGCACCUUCCCCCUGGGCAACUUUGAGAAGGACAUGGAGCUCACCGUCUGGACCAUCCCCAUCUCGUCCCUGGAGCCAGUGGUGCUUGAGGAGGGAUCUUAUGGGGUAGCAGCCACAUGCCGCUCCACCGCACAGCCCACCCCUCAGCUGUCCUGGGACACUGAUCUGACGGGACAGUCCACCAACCGCACCUACGACAAUGGGGUGGUGACUUCUCAGUAUGCACUGUACCCACUCCGCAGCAUGAACGACAAGAAGCUGGACUGUCUGGUUUGGCACGAGAGCUUCAAGGCCCACAAAAGGAUCAGCAACAAGCUGGUGGUGCACUACCCUCCUCAUGCUGAGAUUACUGGGUUCAAAGGCGACUGGCACCUGGGUCUGGAGAAGGCUGCUCUCAAGUGUGUGAGUGGAGGAAACCCUGCCCCCCACCUCUACACCUGGCAAAGAGAUGGUGAAGAUGUCCCUGAAGGAGCAGUCCCUCAGCCUGAUGGCACUUUACUGUUCGAGCGCCCCCUCAGUCUGUCUGAUGCAGGCAUGUAUCAAUGUGUGGCCGACAACAACAUUGGCAUUGGGAAGGCUGAGGUUCAUAUCACCAUAAAAGAGACGGAGAAGCAGGUGUGGCCUAUGGAGAACUUCCUGAUGAUCGUGGUAGGGGCGGCAGCCGGGGGUCUUCUUCUCCUCAUGCUCAUUGUAAUCAUCAGUGUGACUUGUCACCACAAACGCAGCAACAAGAAACUCAAGAGGGAACUCACAGAGAAGAAACAGGAGAUCAGCACGCUCUCUCGACAGGCUUCUAUCAGGAGAAUGAACUCAGUCAGCACAGACACCAGAGGAGCGACGGAGGAGAACAUCCCAUUACGGGUGGAGGGCACCCUAAGGACCAGCCUGUCAUCCCUCGGGGAGCAGGCAUACUGCCGGGACAGCCGCUCCACCAUCUCCGGCCGGGGCGGGGGCGGAGGAGGAGGGGCUGUGGACUACCUGGGCAGACCGGUCCUGCACAACAACUCACGCAGACUGAGAGAGAGACUGCUGCUGGACCGAGAUGAGGAGAGCCGUCUCCGAGUGGAGAACUAUGUCCGCAACAGCAACAUGUCCCUGCAGGAGACCCGAUACCAGCCUCCUCUGAUGCCCACCUCCUACCCCAUUCAGAGCACUGAGGUGGUCCGACACAUCAACGGUGGCCUGCUCAUCCCUAGUGAGAGCGGAGGGUCACGGCAGAGCAGCAUCAUCAAGACCCCCUUACCUCUUCCCCCUAUGAGCAGCCCACCACCCUACCCCCCUGUAACUGACGAUGAAGACGAGGUGGACGAAGGUCUGGGGGGUCCCACUAACAGCCAGGACCCUCCCGAAUUCCAAGACAGCGAGACCAACAGCUCCCAAGUGUCCUACCCCAACAGCAAUGGCUCAUUGCGGCCCAAAAUACGGCCAUUGACUCCUAUAGUGAGCCCCCACGCUUCUCUCAUUCACAAAGCACAGAUAGUCUAGUUGGUGUACCGACCGGAAUGUUAAGAUAGACAAUUUUAUAACAUUUAAAAAAAAUAUUUUUUGUUUUUUCUGCUUUUAGAACAGAUAUCUAUGGAGAACAUAUUAACGUGUGGGACCUUUGACUGUGGAAUUUAUAUAUUUUUCCGGUGUCUGAGUGCCACUUGUCCAAGUGCUCUACUUCCCCCCCCCAUGAACUUUAAACAUGCACAAUAAUAUCCUCCAGCUAGCUACUCCUGACCAUGAAACUUACUCCAGGUGUAGAGAUGGGUCCCUGGGUGUGCUUCGCAGGUUAUGUCAGCGACAUUGAAGCUCCACGGCAACAAUUAAGCUAAUCAACAUGAUCCUAACUUAUGCUGAGAACAUAAGGGAUGGUGCCCGGAUACUGUAAAGCUAAGAGCCCUCAAUGAAUCUCUGUCGCUUUUGUAGUGAACUAAACCCUACCAAACGGAAUCACUUCAACGUGCAUAAAUAAAACUAAACUGUAAGCACAUUUUUAAAGUGGAAACGUUAAAAUACCAAGGUUAAAAUGGCACAUUGAGAGAGCUUUUUACAGUGUCUCGUGCAAUAUUUACUCAGCGUGGGAACAGAGAAGACAUUUCCGGGUUGACGGAUGAAACUCUAGAUGUUCGGCAGGAGAAGACGAUGCCGCGACAUGUUUUAGUUUUCCAAAGUCGUCUGUCAUCGGGCGACAUAGAAAGUGCCUCAUCAGAAAGUUGCAACACUCCACCGCAGCUGUGACAUUAAGACAAAUCAAUGGUUGCCAUUUUUCACACACACUGGUUUUGGGAUCGUAUCCAAACUACCACACCUCAUAUCUCCAUAAUGUCCCCAUGACUGCGCCCACGGCAGAAGGAGAUAAUGAGAAGUUCUCAAUAGACUCCACAUUAAACAGCAUUGGACUUGAAAGCUGAAUGUGCCAAUUUGAUACACUUAACAUGUAUUAUGGACUACAAUGAACUACAAUGACUUAUAAUGUUCUAUGUAUGGCAUGGAAUAGAAUGUGGACGUAUUGUUUUCAUGUUAUUGAUUUGAAUUCUAAGAUUUUAUUUUGAAAACUUGUGUAUAGUAAUAUUGCCAUUAUUUGCUUUACCAAUGGGAGCUGACAAAAACAGAUGCAGUCAUUUGUCUUUUUUAUCUAUCAGAAGAAUUUUUAAUGAUUCAAAUGUGUAGUGAGGCUUAGUGCCCUACAAAUUCACACAAUUUAUAUUAAUUUAAUUUUGUGCAGAAAAAUCACAACUGAUGCAUAAAUUUAAGUAGAAGUAAUUUAAAUAAUAAAAUGUGUGUUGGUCUGCCACAUUAGUCAUAUUUCCCAAUAUGAGUAAAGCCAUAUUGGUAUGUAAGUUUGUUAAAAUUGAAUGCAGAAAAUAGAUAAUUAAUUCAAUAUUAAUCAUGUUUUAAGAUACCAUCAAGUUUGUUUACUAACAUUGCUCUGCCAGUUUUUUUUCUUUAUUUGUAUUUCCAUGGAAAGUUAUUUUGCAUAAAUUUUAUAAAAUGUCUGGCUGCUCUCUGAAAGAAUAAUAUUGCAAAAGUACAUAUUGUCAGAUUUAUUACCAAAGUUUAUUUUUGUUGAAUUUCUGUAUCGGUUACAGCUGUGCCUUGGACAUGGUCAGGAGAGUGCCAAAAAUAUUGAGAAUACAUAAUACAUAAUUUUUGGUUAUGAAGUAUUAUUUGUAUAUUUUGAUAUAUCUCCGUAAGCAGUGUGUGGGCAUGUUAUGACACAGACAAGGCCAACAGGUUUAACUUCAUUCAGGCAGUAUUCAUAGUAAACAGCGCCCUCCUGUGGGUAUUGCAGUAACAGCAGUAUGCCGUUCCACUGUGAUAGUUUGUAUGUAUGGAAUUGUGACAGUUAUUGAGAUUGUGUGAAGAUUUUGUAUUGGUGGAUGGAAAUAAAUGUGUUUCCUCAAAUAAAAUUUCAUAUUCUGUGUUCU